UAGUCAGGUCUGUACAGGUAGGUAACUACUACAGAACAGGAGGUGAGCUCACAGUUCUUGGGAGUAAAAGAAAUUGGAAAAAAAUGUGUUGCGAGUAAACAGAAACCUCGCGCUUCCUGGAAUAUUCUACUUGUAUUGAUUUAUCGAAUUAUAAUAUUUUGUAAUGCAGUGUUGUUGAUUAUUGACGAUACGUGUUCUGAGUGAUUUUAUAAGGAAAUAUAACAUCAAACACAGCUGUUAUCGGCGAACGUUCAAGGUGAAUGGCGAUGCUUUUGCAUUUAUUCAUACUGUAUCAACUGCUUCCCUGUGGAAAAUUUGCUUGUAUGAGAAAGUUAUUACACACCACAGGGACAGAGGACCAGUCAAAAGAAGGUGAGACAUGAGUUUCCAAACAUCUUCAAAUAAAAUGUUGUUAUAUUCCUAAAUUAUGGUAUUAAAGUAUUGUGUUUAAAAGUUAGCAUAAUUUUGUUCCACUCAUGUGAUUGAGUCCCCUAGUUUUCAUGCAAGAGGAGCAGGCAAAUGCAUUCUUAGGACGCCAUCUAUUGGCCAACCGAUUUGACUUUGAGCUCUUCACUCCUGGGAAUUUGGAGAGGGAGUGCUUUGAAGAAGUCUGCAGCUACGAGGAAGCACGAGAGGUCUUUGAAAAUGUCCCUCAGACUGAUGACUUCUGGAAAAAGUACACUGAGGAUGAGGACACGCGGCCAUCGCGGCUGGAUGUGACUGCCCUGCUUGUGGGUCUGAUCGCGGCAGGGGUGGCCAUCGUCAUCUUCGGCCUGUUGGUCUGGUACUUCUGCAAGGGGAGUUGUAAGGAUAACCUCUCACGUGCAGGCUCUGUUAGGGUGCGUCCAAGGCGCAGUAAUGCCUCGCUGAUCAUGCGGAGACUGGAUGAGGUCUCUCUGCAGCCUGUGCUCCUGCCCCCGCCGGAGAUUGACCCCCCAGGCCUGCCCUCCUAUGAGGACGCCAUCGGCAAAUCCGGAACGCACGACGCCCCACCUCCUCCUUACCCUGGGUCUCAACCUGGAAGUAUUCGACGAUAGUACCUUUGACCUCGCUGGAUGACUGUCUCCAUAUUGAGCAUCAUCAAAUGCUACUAAACCUCUUUAGAUCUAUUUACUUUACGUGGUUGUUCUCCCCCGUGCAUGUUCAACAUGUGAUUUUAUUGGAUUGUAAUACCUUGUGAUAAUUGUAGAUCUGUGUGACUGAUUACCUCUUUACCUCUUCCAUUACCUGUGUGACUGAUUACCUCUUCCAUUACCUGUGUGACUGAUUACCUCUUUACCUCUUCCAUUACCUGUGUGACUGAUUACCUCUUUACCUCUUCCAUUACCUGUGUGACUGAUUACCUCUUUACCUCUUCCAUUACCUGCAAUUUGAGAUGUUUAGCAUAUUUAUCUAUUUGUACAAAUGUUUAGCAGUUCUUCUGCAUGUGCCAAAGUUGAUUUAUUCCUCAUCACUUUAUUCCUCACUUUUGAGUUGGACCUGCUUUAACCCAUAACAACUAGUGAGGUAAUAGUUGACAUGAUACAUCUUAGUUUAACUGUAACCUGUCAACUGCUCUGCUUUUAUGAAUGGAAAAUGAAGCAUGAGAAACCGUAUUGAGUAUAUAACAGUGUCGGCUGCUGAGGGGAGGACGGAUCAUAAUAAUAGCUGGAACGGCGUGAAUGGCAUCAAGCACAUGGAAACCAUGUUUAAUAUCAUUCCACAUUCCACUCCAGCCAUUACCACGAGCCCAUCCGCCCCAGUUAAGGUGCCACCAACCUGUGGUGUACACACAAGUCUGCCUACUACUGUAGCCUGUUGGUUAAUGACACAAUAUGAGCAUGGUGUUAGGACGGACUGAGAGAAUUGACACUUCCACUUUCUCUGAAUCACAUUAGAUGUACAGUGGCUUCUAAAAGUAUUGGGACAGUGACAAUUUUUUUGUGAGAAAGUUAGAUGCACAAAUAUCAUCAUAGUCAUAUCAUUUUAAAACCAAAGUACAUAGACAGAAUGCGUCACUGUUCCAAUACUUUUGGUGCUCACUGUAUGUGUUGUAACUGCUCAAGUAGACUGUGUGAGUUUGAUGACAUCACACUCAGUGCUUGACUUGGACUGAAAUACUGUACAUGCCGGUACUCAUUUACCUGUACUGUUGUUUAUAUCAUUUAUAUUAUAUUAUAUUUGAUAUAUAUAUAUAUGUAUGUCUGUGCAGGAACACUGCAAUACUUUUGAGAUAAUAUUCUAUAGGCGGUGCAGAAACUGAAGCAGUAGAACAUUGUUGGUGCCAGUACUCAGUUCCGGUGAGCUCCUGCCCACGUCAAGCACGGAUCACACGCUAUGCUAUUAUUAGUGUCCCAGGAAGUCUUUGCUCUUUUCUGAAGCUCCAUUCAUUAAUGAAGAAGACACCUAUCCAUGAUAUUUAAUGAAGUGCCUGUUAAAUUGUCAUAACAGGGUGCACUUUGUUUUAGGGUUUUACAACCACAGGUUGGGAUAAUUCUGUUUUUAUUUCUGGACACUGUUGAGUAGUGGGCUGUUUCUUUACCCAUUCAUUUGUAAAAUAGGAUACUGAAUUAAUACUGCUCACAUCUGAGCAUGACUUCUGUAAGGAUUAGGAGGUAUAGUGGCACAUAGAUCAAUGAAUGAUGUCAAUGGUGAGGUUGAUGUCAAUGGUGAGGUUGACAUCAUGGGACAAUGUACUGUAUGUGUGCUGUUGAUGCUUGGUUUGACUGAUUGUGUACUUUAAGUCUAUGAAACAUGUUAACUAUCAAAGGAUCAUUUCAUAAAUUGACAUUUUAAUGAU